AUCAUUUUCUUACUUGUUGCCCUGCAGGAAUUUAAGCUGAACCCAGGAGCAAAAAUUUUCUCUCCAUCAUUUGCAAAUCAGGUAUCAGCAACUCCUACUAUGCCAACAAUUGCAAACGUGGCUUGUGCACCAGGCAAUCCUCCAAUCGUAGCACUUGCUGCUGCUCAGCCAGACAUUGGAAUAAGCUCUUUUGCCCCUCGUUCUUCUCCACCAUCUAAGUUUGUUCCUUACAGUAACUUGAUAGCAGGCACUGGUGGUGGUGUUUCUCAGUUUUCUCAACCUACAGUUGGGCAUAUAGGAACCCGGGCACAGCCUCUUAGAUAUGCUGGUCAGCAUCAUCCUGUUCAAGCGGCACCCCCAUUCUUGAAUCCAAAUUCCCAGGUUGUUAUGGUUGGACGGUUUGGGCAACUUGUAUACGUGCAACCAGUUUCUCAGGAUUUGAUUCAUGGUGCACCAGCAAUUUCACCAAUAGCUGCACGUCCUCUUCUGACUACACAUCAGGUUCAAUUUCCAAACACCAAGGAGCUGCACCAGGUCAAGCAAUACAGCUGUGUGUACCCCAACCUCUCAUAGCCAGUAGUCAGCAGCCAUAUGCAAUGCCUGGCCACAUUCCAGUUUUUCAACCUCCCUUCCCUGCUACUCGUCCAAUACCUGUUCCAGGAUCUAAUGGUUUCUUUACUGCCAAGUUUCCAUGAAUAUCAUUUAUCAUCUUAUAAAUUCCUAAUUUUUUUGGAAGGUAAGAAAAAUUUUGGCCAUUAGGUUUUUUUUCUUUUUUCUUUUUCCAUAGCAGCUAGUUGAGGAACACUUCUAAAGCUCUUUUUCUAUCUGUCAUCCAUGAAGGUUAAAAUAUCUCCUUUUUCUUUUCCUUCUGGUUUAGAGGGUCUUGAAUCUUGCUGUAAGUUCUGAUA